AUGCCGACCGCUACUGCCAAGCUGGGCGACCUUAUUAUAGCCCAAACUGAUACAUGGGAGACCGUGGAGGGAAAUGUAUACUUUCCUCCAUCGUCCAUCAAAGAGCAGGACGCCCUUGUGAAAUCGUAUACGAAGUCGUUUUGUCCUUGGAAAGGCGACGCUGAGUACUACACGAUCAAACAUGGUGAUACCGUCGUUCCGGAUGCAGCGUGGUACUAUGCUACACCAUAUGAAAAAGCAACGAACAUUAAGGAUCACAUAGCUUUUUACAAAUCUAAGGUUGCAGUGACGGUCGAAUGA